GUUUGGGCCGACGAGCACUUAAAUAGAGGCAGCCCAAACGGCAACUGCAGUUGCACAUCGACAGCUGAUAGACAAAGAUAGAAGCUCUGAGCGACGCCACUUGUUAGGAGAAAAAGCCAAAUUGCUUGGCGAAAAUGUACAAGGCGCAAUACCUUUGGCUGGUUGGCUUUGUCCUAAUAUUAGGAUCGGCCACUGAACGAAGCACGCCCAAGAUAAGCUUCACAGCGUUGGUUAGUUUAAAGACCACUCCUGCGACGCGCCUGGUUACGACGAGCAAGACUAGUUCCGGUGGCUCCCUGCCCAUGGUUAUCAAUACCUGGAACUUUGUAGAUGCCAAUUUACUGGCCUGGCGGAUUCUAAAUGUGACUCAGGGUGGUCUCCGCCAGACGCGCAAUGCCGUAGUGGAGGGCUGCACCAAGUGCGAAAAGCAGCAGUGCGAUAGAACUGUUGGCUUUGGCGGCUCUCCCGAUGAGUUAGGCGAGACAACGUUGGACGCAAUGAUCAUGGAUGGCAGCAGCAUGGAUGUGGGUGCUGUGGCAGGCCUCAGAGGUAUUAAGGAUGCUAUUCGAGUGGCUCGUCACGUUCUGGAGCACACAAAGCACACCAUGCUGGUGGGCGAUGCAGCCUCUCAAUUUGCUCAAGCAAUGGGAUAUCGCUCCGAGUCCCUGGUUACGCCCGAGUCAAAGGCUAUGUGGCAGGAAUGGACAGCGGAAAACUGUCAGCCAAAUUUCUGGAGAAAUGUUUAUCCAGAUCCAUCCGUCAGCUGUGGACCCUACAAACCUAAGCCGACGCCCCUAACGCGCUGGAAGGAGGAUCGUGCGCGUACCGAGUACGCUAUUGGUCACAAUAAUCAUGACACCAUUGGCAUGAUAGCCAUUGAUGUCGAAAAUAACAUCCAUGCAGGAACCUCAAGUAAUGGAGCGAGCCAUAAGAUCCCAGGACGGGUCGGAGAUUCACCAAUACCCGGGGCUGGCGCGUAUGCGGACAAUGAGGUGGGCGCUGCCGUGGCUACCGGAGAUGGCGAUAUUAUGAUGCGUUUCUUGCCCACUCUGCUGGCUGUGGAAGCCAUGCGGGCGGGCAAGAAGCCGACGGAAGCAGCGGAGGUGGGCAUUCGUCGAAUCGCUAAGCAUUACAAGGACUUCUCGGGUGCCGUUAUUGCUGUCGAUCGCCUGGGCCAGUAUGGGGCAGCCUGCUAUGGCAUGAAAGAGUUUCCAUUUGUGGUCAGCAACCCAUCCAAGACAGAUAUCACGACGCGCCAGGAGACGGUCAAGUGCAUAACGGACAAGGAGAUCGUAAACAUAGUUUUAUUGUAAGCCGAUUUGGAAUUUUCAACGUAUUGGGUCGGUCAGUCCCACUGUUCCUU